GGCCCUGUGCAAACAAGACUUCCACUGAGGUCAGUGGGAAUCUUGCCUAUCUAGGGACUGCAGGAUUGUGCCCUAAUUAAAUGCAGAAAUCACUCCACUAAUUGCUGAAUUUUAGCCAACUCUCUGUGAUGUGGAGACUGGCAGACAAGCAAUGCAUGUCACCCUGCAACAGUGGGAAAUAAGAAAUUAUGGGUUUACCCAUGAGGCAAAUGUACUCUAAUUGAAAAUGCAAUGGAAAAAAGCAGACAGGACCGCUAAAUGACUCACAUGGCAAGCUGCUUGGUACUUGAUGUGAUUAAGCUGUUGUAUUUCUGAAGUGCCCUAUUACUUUGGUAGAAAAGCAUUGUAUUAUUUGAGAAGGCUUGCCUUUGGAAAGAACCAAUGAAUGAUAUUAGAUUAAGCCAAAGAGUGCUUGUAUUUAGAAUGUCUCCCUAUUUGUUGAAGCUGUCCCAUCCUAGCUACAACAAAAGUUGAGAGAAAAAAGAAGGUGGAACAGGAUGGUGGAGGAGCAGUGAGAGCUGAAACCCCCACCCAGAAGUAGAGCUUCCCUGAAUCUGUGAAGAGAGAGGAGCAGAAUCUAUUCUGAAUUAUGCUGUAGACUAUCUUCAUGAAGAUCCGAUUUUCCCUUUCACUGUUUAUAUAUUGAUGGGUGCUAUAAUGCCUGUCAGAUUUAGUUCAGCGGAUGAAGGAUGGAGGGAAUCUCAGUAUUUCAAACCUGUGUGUUAGAUCGAUAUACCAUUCUUUUUGGCUUCUUUCCAUUUCGUGACACAGUUCUGGAGCAGUGAAAAAUACUCAGUAUAGGACUUGUUGCCUGUCAUUAAAGUUUUCCAAACAUUCUGAGCUGACACCUCUGCUUGCAUUAUCUUCAACUUUAAAGUACUCAUCUCUGUAUAUAGACUCAUCAAAUUUAAAUCACAAGUGUUGAAUCAUGAAUAGGGAAUAAUUGGCUAGGCAGCAGUACUGCAGAAAAGGAUCUGGGAAUGAUAGGGAUCACAAAUUGAAUAUGAGUCAGCAGAGUGCUGUUGUGAAAAAAAGGCAAUGUGAUUGUGGGAUGUGUUAACAGAAGUAUCAUAUAUAGACACAGGAGGUAAUUAUUCCACUCUGCUUGACGCUAUUGAGGCUUCAGCUGGAGUACUGUGCCUAGUUUUGUGCAACACACUUUAAGAAAGAUAUGAACAAUUUGGAAAGAGUCCAGAGGAGAGCAAGAAAAAUGAUAAGAGGUUUAGAGAGCCAUGACCUCUGAGGAAAGAUUGAAAGAAUUGGGCCUGUUGAGUCUAGCGAAGAGAAGACUGAGGGGGACAUGAGAACCUUCUUCAAAUAUAGAAAAGUAUGUUAUAAAGAGGAUGGUGAUCAGUUGUUCUCCUUGUCCUCCAAGAGUAGUGCAAGAAAUAAUUGGCUUAGUCUGCAGCAAGGGAGAUUUAGGAUGGAUAGUAGGGAAAAGUUUCUAACUAUAAGGAUAGUUAAGCAUUGGAACAGUUACCUAGAGAGGUGGUGGAAUCCCUAUCAUUCAAGGUUUCUGAUAACAGGUUGGACAAAUAUCUGUCAGGAUGGUUUAGGAUGCCUCAGCAUGGAAGGAGGGACUCUUGACUGCAUCGCUACUAGCAAGCUGUCACAGUACUUGGAUGAGAUCAGCCCAUGAAUGAAGAACAGCUGGCUGAAGCUCAACUUGAGCAAAACAGAGGUCAUGCUGGUGGACAGAAGAAAGUAUUUUGAAGAAUUUGCAGCCAUGGUUCCGUCUCCCUUUGGUUGAGGGGUCACAUUCUCACAGUUAGUCACUUCAGUCUGUAGUCUAGGAGUACUCUUGGAUUCCUCACUGAUGCUCACUUCUUACAUAGCAACAGCCAUGAGUAAUGCUUUUUACCAUUUCUGGCUGGCUAGGAGACUCUGUCCCAUCCAUACAGAUGAAGACCUGGCCUUUGUCAUGUCUUUGUCACUUCUUGGCUGAGCUGCAGCAAUGCAAUAUACCUGGGCAUGAAGCCUUUAGUAUUUAGGAAACUCCAACUAGUACAAAACGCUGCAGCACAUCUCUUCAGCUAUCACGAGCACAUCACACCUGUCCUCUGGCUCUCUACACUAACUUCCAAUAGAAUUUUGAAUCAAGUUCAAGGUCCUCAGUCCUUAUUUUCAAAGCACUCCAUUGCCUGGGGCCAGGGUACCUAAAAACCAUCUAAAACUCCAGGACAGAUACUGUGGUCAACAAUUUCGCUCCCCUGGCUUGAUGGACCUGUCUACAAUAAGAGUAAAACUCAUCUGUGCAGGAGAGAGAACCUUCUCUGGGUGUGGUCCAGGACUGUGGAAUGAACUCCCCCAGAAACUAAGGACUAUCAUAAAUCUCACCUCUUUCUGCUCCACAUGCAAGUGGCAUUUAUUUAUUUUUAAAAACAACCUAUGAAAACAAGACACUUCAUUGCAAAUGCUUCUCCCUGUGGAGAGAGGAUGAGAGAACAAACAACUGACCGAUGUGUAAUCACAGUCAUAUUGCUUAAUACACUAUUGCAAGAUAACCUCCUGGGAAUUUCCUGGGUUGACAGUUCCUGGAUUCCUAUAUUAAACAAUGGAAGUGUGUUAGACUAUUUCUCAGAGCGAAGUAACCCAUUCUAUGACCGAACAUGUAACAACGAAGUAGUCAAAAUGCAACGGCUGACCUUGGACCACUUGCACCAAAUGAUUGGAGUGGAAUAUAUCCUCCUUCAUGCUCAAGAGCCCAUCCUCUUCAUAAUUCGAAAGCAGCAAAGACAGUCUCCUACACAAGUCAUCCCAUUAGCUGAUUACUAUAUUAUUGCUGGAGUGAUUUAUCAGGCACCUGAUUUGGGAUCUGUCAUAAAUUCCAGAGUGCUCACUGCAGUGCAUGGAAUUCAGUCUGCUUUUGAUGAAGCCAUGUCAUACUGCCGAUAUCACCCUUCGAAAGGCUACUGGUGGCAUUUCAAAGACCAGGAGGAACGAGAUAAAGCCAAACCAAAAGCCAAGAAGAAGGAAGAACCAAGCUCUAUUUUCCAGAGGCAGCGAGUGGAUGCUUUGCUUCUAGACCUGAGACAAAAAUUUCCACCCAGAUUUGUUCAGCAAAAGCCUGGAGAAAAGCCCAUCGCAGUGGAUCAGAUCAAGAAGGAGCCAGAACCAGCCCCUGAAGCUAUAAAGCCCGAGGAGAAGGAGACUGUAAAGAAUGCCCAACAGAGUGCUGGCACUAAAGGGCCCCCAGAGAAACGGAUGAGACUCCAGUGAAGGGAUGGACAAUUCCAUAUCUCGAUGAUUCAACGUCUGGAGAAGAGUUUGCAAGUGACUCCUACUCCCCCUUAUCUGUAUUCGCACGUUCAGGAUUGUGACACUGCAGGAUUUAAAGCCCCUUGCAACAGCUUCUUCUCUCAGCAGAAACCUAUUUAAAAAGCUGCCAAUGGAAAGACUUGAGCUGCACCGGGAGGGGAUUUUUCAGCCUUCUCCCCAUUUUGGAUGUUAGCUUCUGGCUGAAUUUCACAUGAAUGCGUUUUGCAACUUCCUUGUAAAACUCCCUUUUUUUUUUUUAUGUCCUCGGGUAAUUGUGUGUUCUAUGUAAAAAGUUGAACUUUUUAAUAAAAAGUUGAAUUCUUGGUACACCAACA